AUUUCAGAAUGAAGAUACUGCUCUUACUUUUCUUUGCUGCAUGCAUCAGUGCUGGCGCGUCCGACAGCUUCAGCGAGACAAUCAAAAGAGCUCUUGGUAGAAUUAAAACGACACUGAACAAGGAUCGCCUUCUGGCAAUUCGGGAAAGAAUGCGUGCAAUGAAAGAAAAGAUUAAAAAGGAGCUUGAACUAACUCCACAACAAAGAGCUGCUUUAGACCAAAGGUUGCAGAAGCUUGUGGCUGUGAGCAAAGUCCAUCCGAUAGAAUUUGACAAUACAAUAGACAAAAUAAACCAGAGGAAUGGAAUAUGGAAUUUACUGUACCAGGGCGACAUUGUGCUGACCGAGCGACAGGCCAACGAGAUUGUGGAAGAAAGAGAAAGACGCGACAGAAAAGAAAGACAAGCGUACAGAGACGAGUACUACCCUGAAUAUCUCUGGACUAAUGGAACCGUCUAUUACUCAUUCUUCAAUGCAACUCAAAGUGUACAGGGUUUAUUCAAGAAAGGAGCGUUGGAGUGGCAGAAUUAUACAUGUCUCAACUUUUUUGAGAAGCCUGAUGCAAAAGAACGCAUUGAGGUGAUAAUUGAGGAGGGUUGCUGGUCGUAUGUAGGCAAUAUACAUGAGGUGCAAUCGCUCUCCUUAGGUUACGGAUGCGAGACGAUAGGCACUGCUGCACACGAAAUAGGCCACGCUUUGGGUUUCUUUCACACGCAUUCAAGACACGAUCGUAAUCGAUACAUUCAAAUUGACACAAGAAAUAUCCAGUCUACAAUGCUUGACCAAUUCCAAAAAGAGACUAGGAGAACAAAUUAUAAUUACGGCUUACCUUACGACUACGGUAGUGUAAUGCACUACGGAUCAAAGAGUUUCUCUUCUAAUGGAAAUGAUACGAUGGUGCCUUUCAACGAAAAAUACACUGACACGAUAGGAUCACCAUUUGUUUCCUUCUAUGAACUGCUCAUGAUGAAUAUUCACUACAGUUGUUUCGAUAAAUGCAAGCAUAAGCAUACGACGGUGAGGUGCCAUAUGGGUGGUUUCCCAAAUCCUCGCGAUUGUUCAAAGUGUGUUUGUCCGGGAGGGUAUGGAGGCAGGUUCUGCAACGAAAGGCCAAAAGGAUGCGGAAAAAUUCUCUAUGCCAAAUCUAACGAACAGCUGUUUGUGGAUGUUGUUGGCGACCCUGCAGUAACUGAAGUGGCAAACGAUGAAUAUCUGAAAUGUCAUUACUGGAUACAGGCUCCAAGAGGAAGAAGAGUUGAGAUUCAGUUCGGAAACUUUACGGAUGGUCUUGCCACUGAUGGAUGCUACUGGGCAGGCGUGGAAUUGAAAAUGCAGAGAGAUCAACGUUUAACAGGAUUUAGAUUGUGCUCUCCUGCUUAUGCUGGGAAGAUCUACAGGUCUGAAGGCGGCAUGGUACCUGUCAUUACAUACAGCAGGGUUUGGGAGGUCGAGACCAUUUUGCAAUACCGUAUGAUCUAAAGGACUCCACAGCGACGAAUGCAAGGCCCACUUCCUCCAUCUAAGGCGAC